UGGCCGCAUGCAUCACCCUUCAGUGCAUAAAUGAAACUCCACAAAGCAGACACUUACCUGUUUCUUGGCUAUAAAACACAAGCCCUUCAAUUCCGAACCACCUCUUGAACUUGUCCAUUUGAACACUAAAACUUCUCUUCAUAAUCAAGAAAAACCAUCCAACCAAUAUCCAUGGCCUAUGGACGAAGCCCAACCAGCUCUUUCAUAGAAGGGUUCUCUCUAAGUCCUCUGCCAUAUCCAGUUCUGCUAAUUCUUGCAGUAAUCUCAAUCUUUUUUGGCAUAUCCUGGUACUCAUCCCAUGACUCAGUUGUGGAAGAAGCUGAAACGCAAUUCAGUUGGCUGCUUUUGUUUACAGCAAUAGCACUUCUGCUUCUUGUUAAGUUGCUGUCUUUUCUGGAUCCUGAUUGGUUCUUCUCCUUGUUUCCAUGGGGAAGCCGCAGGAUAACCUACCAUGAACCUUCAGAGGGAAGCUCACCAUGGGGAGUUGCUGCUUUCAUUGUGCUCCUGCUAGUUUUGCUGCAAUACCAGUCUAUUUUCCGGGACAGCUGGCUCAUUAAAAAAUAAAAAAUAAAAAAAGGCUGUGUGUAUAUGUAGUAGUUGUUGUAUAUAAUGGAAUAUGAUCUUCUAUUUAUAAUUUCUGUACUGAUAUUGUGAAAUAGAUUAUACUCGUUUUAUUUUCACAUCAAGAGCCAUAUAUGUUGAGUUGAAAUUGAAUCUUCAAUGAUUUUCCA